AUGGAACAUGGCCAGUACCGCAAGCUUGGCCUCGCAUUGAAGAAAGAUCCCAAAGCCAACAUGAUAGAUUUACUUUCAACAAAAUAUCCCAAACAACUGGAAUCAUUCAAGUCUUCAAGUUCUCUUGUUAGAAAAAUUGAUCCGGCGCUUCCAGGUCCUAUUCCACAAUGCACACAUUCGCUUCAUAUCAGCGAUCUGCGUUUCAAGCUUGCAUCCACUGACCCUUGUACUGUUGUUCGUGAGCUGUCAACUGAAGUCAAAGGACUUCUUAACCUAGGAAAUCUCACCGAAGCAGUCAUAGACUUGCUCCAUCGGGGGAAUAUUCUUUUCCAGCAACCGUAUGUCAUGGUUUUGAAGAUUGGCGAAGCCAUUGCUGUCAAGAUAAAUCAUGCAGUUGUUACCGCAGAAUAUCGUUCACUUUAUUAUCUUGAACAGCAUCUACCCACUUUCCUAGCUCCUAGGGCACAUGGCUUGCUCCGGAUUAACUCUUAUAGCCUCCUCUUUACUUCAUUUGUCCCAGGUGUCGAGCUGGAAAAGGCAUGGCCUCAGAUGGACGAAGAAGAGAAGCCGGAUAUCAGCAGCGAUCUUAACCAAGCCCUCUCUCUUCUCAGGGCAAUCCCUUUCCCGUAUGGCACUCUAUAUGGUGGAGUUAGUGGCGAAGGCUGUAAAGAUUUAUGA